CGUCUGAAGUGCACUGGGCGGGGUGCUCAGAUGUGGCCCCGCCCCGCCGUCUGCACGGUUGUUGGGAGAACACGGAACUGCGCUGCGCUCCAUCUCUGCAGGCACAAGAAGGGAAGACGUACUACUGAGACGCCGACUACAUUAACAUUUUGGACUGAGUGGCGUCUGUGUUGUCAGUAAUAAUGUUCCGCUUGCGGGCAUUGUCCGCCGUUUCGGUGGGGUUGGUGCAGUUGUCCCGGCGCUACCACAGCGGGGCAGUACGGGGUUCUGCCCGGAGGAGGCUGAUGCUGGCAGCCCUGGCUGGGGUAACUGGUGUGUCUGCUAGUGCUGGACUGCUCUGGAAAAGAGCACAUGCAGAUGCGGGGCCCUCCGUUCAACACUCUGAGCAACCAAGCGGAGAGGGAGUUGAUUUCGUGAGGGAUACAGAUUCUGAGACGGAGUCAGAGAAAUCGGUGGAGGCCAGCAGUGGAGACGACGAAGCAAAGGAUGAAGGUGGUGAGGGGAAAAAAAAGAAGCCUCGCUCUGGAUUCCGUGACCGCAAGGUGAUGGAGUAUGAGAACAGGAUAAGAGCCUACUCCACUCCGGACAAGAUUUUCCGUUACUUCGCCACGCUGAAGGUCAUAGGCGAACAUGGUGAUGCUGAGGUCUACAUGACGCCCCAGGACUUCAUACGCUCCAUCACACCUAAUGAGAAGCAGCCUGAGAAUCUGGGGCUGGAUCAGUUCAUUGUGAAGCGCUACGAUGGGAAGGACUUCUGGCAGACGGAGGUAACUCCAAGUGGGCUCAGAGUGGCCCGGCCACCAACCUUCUUCAAGAAGAUCGCCCAGGAGAGAGAGAAGUUUGCAGAUGAGGACAGCAUAUUUUACACACUGGGAGAAUGUGGCCUUAUCUCCUUCUCCGACUACAUCUUCCUCACCACUGUGCUGUCCACUCCCCAGAGGAACUUUGAGAUUGCCUUCAAGAUGUUUGAUCUGAACGGUGACGGAGAGGUGGAUCUGGAGGAGUUUGACCAGGUCCAGAGCAUCAUUCGUUCCCAGACCAGUAUGGGCAUGCGACACCGCGACCGCUCCACCACAGGAAACACCCUGAAGACAGCCGGCUGCAGCUCUGCUCUCACCACCUACUUCUUUGGAGAGGACCUGAAGGGAAAACUCACCAUCGGUAGCUUCCUGGAGUUUCAGAGGAAACUGCAGCAUGAUGUUCUCAAACUUGAGUUCGAGAGGAACGAUCCUGUGAACGGCAGAAUCACCGAGAGACAGUUCGGAGGCAUGCUGCUGGCCUACAGUGGCGUCCAAUCUCGUAAACUCAAGCAGAUGCAGAAGGGCUUGAAGAAGAUGUUUAAAGAUGCGCAGGGCAUCACGUUUGAAGAGGUGGAGAAUUUCUUCACUUUCCUGAAGAACGUGAACGACGUGGACACCGCGCUCAGUUUCUACCACAUGGCUGGAGCCUCCAUAGAUAAAGUUACCAUGAAGCAGGUGGCCCGCACCGUGGCCAAAGUGGAGCUGUCAGAUCACGUGUGUGACGUGGUGUUCGCUCUGUUCGACUGUGACGGGAACGGGGAGCUUAGUAAUAAGGAGUUCAUAGCCAUUAUGAAGCAGCGGCUGAUGCGUGGGCUGGAGAAACCCAAAGAUAUGGGCUUCACCCGGCUGGUGCGCGCCAUGUGGAAGUGUGCCCAGGAUACUGCCUGGGACUUCGCCAUGCCAAAGACUCAAUAAAGACAGAAAGGCAACAUGUGAGCAGGAGAGAAAAGGCAGGGCAACGGGAAAAGCAACAAAAGAAGAAAGACACACUCUUUCAGCAGGUCUCAAGAAUUUAAAUAGACAUUUAAAUGCAAUGAACUCAUUAGGACUGCAGCUCUGAGGGGCAUCAUCGAUCAUUAACGCAUGUCGCUAUAGUUCAAACUGUCAAUAAUAGUGACUGAAGCAUGCUGACACAGCGCAGUGUGUCCUGAAAGGCUUCUCUAGUGUGCCUGUCCAAAGCACUGUGGGUGUUUUGUAUAUUUUCAAAUAUACAAAGUUUCUAUGUUUUAUUUUUGCCAUAUUCUGUAGAGGAAUGCAGUGUCAACAGGCGACCUGUCAAACGCUAAAAAACUGCACUUUUAUAUCCACAUUUAACACGUUUAACUGCAGAAGGUGAGACAAGAAGUGGAAUCAGUCUUAUUUGACCUUCAGCUGUAUAAACGCCGCAGCAUGUCUGUACUAUAACAACACACCCUUAGUUAUUCCUUCGGCGGGGCAGAGAGCAGAAGUCUGUAAUCUUGUUAGCACCUCUUCAUUCGGUCUGCCCCUCUCUUUACACCGUCGUUCUCUUUCCAUAAAAGAUCAAUGAUGCUUGUCUUGCUCUACAAUGUACUGUUCAAAGUGUGUAUUCUUCUAAUUAUUAUUGCUCACUGAAAUACUUUAUAUAUAAGAUGGAUGGUAAAAGAAAUGCUCUAUUAAAGAUGUUUUUAAUAAUGAAAAA